AUGCCUGAACAUUCACAGAGCGCUCCAGAGGCAGGGCCUCCUACGCCUUCCAUCGGCACAGAGGCCGCAACGCACGCACUUCCGGGGCGCUUAUUCGAUAUUCCUGAUGUAACUCUGGCUGCAGUGGAAAUUCCAGGAAAGAUCAAGCAUCCCUCGACUGCGCUUCGCAUACUGGGAGGUGCAGAUGCUGCUUCUCGAGCGCUCGUUUCCAAUGGGCGUGGCGGAGACACUUUGUUGCUGCGCCUCGGAAGUGGCAGCAGCUCCAGCAGCAGCUGGGGCAACAUAGCGGCCUCGAGACAGACGACUGCCGGGAUUGUGCUGAGGAGACGCGUGCGGAAGUCUGGAAGGGUGGAAUUGGAGGUUCUCGGAAGGGUCAACCAAAAGCAUGUGUUCAACGGCCUUGCAGACCUGUACUUUAUUCCUCCCCCCGAAUAUCGUAGCGGAGAGACCUUAGAGGCCCAAGUCGUGGCAGAGGCACAGCGCGCAUGCAGCAGCAGCAGCAGCAGUAGCAGCAGCCUAGAGACGGUCCCGUACAUCCCGCCCCCUUUCUUUUUUAGGGGGCAGGGCCCCUUUGCCUACAAAGUUGAGGCCCCUCCCCCCCCCAAGUUCGAUGCUGCACCUCCUGAAAGACACUCUGUGGAGAAGCAGCAGAAGCGCCAGCGGGUGCAGCAGCAAGAGCUGCCGCAACGCCAAGAAGAAGACCACCAGCGUAUGGCCUUAACUCCCGAUGCGCAAGCACUUGAAACAGAGUCUACGGAAGUAAGGACUAAAGCGGCUUUGGCCCCUCCAAGCAGCCGCGCAGGCGGUGACCCUGGAGAAACAACGGCAGCAAAAACAGCAGCAAGAGACCCCUCAAGCAGCCAUUUUUCAGCACCAGGAAAAGCAGACGCAGCAGACGACUCACCGAGUGCGAUGUCGGGAGAAGACGAGGUUUGUCUGUCAGCUGCUGCAAAGGCAGCUGCGGCAAGGGCUGCGGCAGCCCAGGCUCAAAGGGCCCCACGAUUUAUUCCCUCUCUACCGGCAGCCGGAUCAGCGGCAGCAUCAACUGCGUUGCAAAAAGAAGCCACAGUUUCCGCGGAAAUUCCGACUGCAGCAAGUGGAGCAGCUGCAGCGCCUGGCGUAACGGGCAGAAUGGAAAGCCGACGUAACUGCACGGAAGCGGACAGGACAGCAGCUGCAGCAGCUGGAGACGCAACACAAGGAAGCAGCAAAGCCAGUGCAACUCCAAAUCCAUCAGAGGGAGCGAGAGAUGAGGCUGCAGACGCCGCUGCUGCGCUUUUCUGGCCCUCUCAGACGGUAUGUGCAACCGGCAGCAACAACAGCAGCAACAGCAAGGAGGAAAGCGCUGCUUUUAAUGCCGUGGGUCGCAUAGGAGAUGAACGGCUGCCCGAGGCUCCACCUCCUGCAGCAGCCAAGGCUUUUGCAGAUCGCGAACUGGUAAAGAGCCUCGAGGAAUUGCUGCAGAAACAGCCCGUGUGGUUGCGACCCUCUCUCGAUGCCCAGCUGCCCCCCACCUACACUGCGUGGCGCAAGAAACCCGCCUUUGCAAAGACUUGCUUCCUCUUUGCUGAUGGACCCUUUCGCGGAUGUCUCUGUCGGCUGGGAUACGAUCCCCGGACAGACCCACACAGUCGCCACUACCAGACAAUCGAUUUCAGAGACCCGUAUUUCCGCACCGCCAACUGGAAGGCCACAGCCGCAAUAGGAGGACAGCUUCCCAGUGCAGGACAGCAGCAGCGAGGGUGGCUGCAUAAGGACACACUCAAGACCCUUCGCGCCCUUAUGGCGCUUAAAAGUAAACGCAUGCGCUCUGGGGAGGUGGACCAGCCACUGCAGCAGCAGUAG